AUGUGUUGCCCAUCGCUGCCUUCUGUCGAAGCACGAACACCACCAAGUCCCAAGAUGCAUGGAAGUGGAGUCGAUUUCCUCCGAAAAUGCGCUGAAUUGAACGUCAUGCCCAUUUCUUUGAUGAGCACAGAUGGACAUUAUUUUCGCUUUCGUUCGGCAACGCUGGAUGGAACAUCAUUACCACCUGAACAGAAAGCAAAGAAACGGGCAAAAGUGAAUCAUCUGCGCUUCGACCAAAGAGUUCUGUGA